AACUGGAAUUCCGCAAACACUGGGGUGAUGCAGGCACGCCCUUAGCACGGUCCCGGCAGGGGGCGGUGGGGUCAGGCCGACCCGGGUCCCAGGGGUGACAGCGUCCUUUCCCCACUACAGGACAUCGAGAUGGAUUUGCAGCCGCUGCAAGUGUGUGGAAGGGCCGUGUUCGUGUUGGCAAAAAAGGUCGGCUGCUGAGCCAGGGCGUGUCUCCCGGAGGCCUGCAGACUGCCAGGAUCCCCACCUCUUUGCAAUGGGCUGCCCAGGCUGACCAGCCGGUUCCUGCUGGAAGCUCCUGGUCUGAUCUGGGGAGAUCAUGUCCAAGCCCCCCGACCUCCUGCUGCGGCUGCUGCGGGGUGCCCCAAGGCAGCGGGUCUGCACCCUGUUCAUCAUCGGCUUCAAGUUCACGUUUUUCGUCUCCAUCAUGAUCUACUGGCAUGUUGUGGGAGAGCCCAAGGAGCAAGGGCAGCUGUAUAACCUGCCAGCAGAUAUUCCCUGCCCCACCUUGGCACCCCCCGCCCUACCCUCCCAUGGCCCUGCUCCGGGCAACAUCUUCUUCCUGGAGACUUCAGACCGGACCAACCCCAACUUCCUGUUCAUGUGCUCCGUGGAGUCGGCGGCCAGAACUCACCCCGAAUCCCACGUGCUGGUCCUGAUGAAAGGGCUUCCAGGUGGCAAUGCCUCCCUGCCCCGGCACCUGGGCAUCUCACUUCUGAGCUGCUUCCCGAAUGUCCAGAUGCUCCCGCUGGACCUGCAGGAGCUGUUCCGGGACACACCCCUGGCCGACUGGUACGUGGCUGUGCAGGGGCGCUGGGAACCGUACCUGCUCCCCGUGCUCUCCGACGCCUCCAGGAUCGCACUCAUGUGGAAGUUCGGCGGCAUCUACCUGGACACCGACUUCAUUGUUCUCAAGAACCUGAGGAACCUGACCAACGUGCUGGGCACCCAGUCCCGCUACGUCCUCAACGGCGCCUUCCUGGCCUUCGAGCGCAGGCACGAGUUCAUGGCGCUGUGCAUGCGGGACUUCGUGGACCACUACAACGGCUGGAUCUGGGGUCACCAGGGCCCGCAGCUGCUCACGCGGGUCUUCAAGAAGUGGUGCUCCAUCCGCAGCCUGGCCGAGAGCCACGCCUGCCGCGGCGUCACCACCCUGCCCCCCGAGGCCUUCUACCCCAUCCCCUGGCAGGACUGGAAGAAGUACUUUGAGGACAUCAACCCCGAGGAGCUGCCACAACUGUUCAAUGCCACCUAUGCUGUCCACGUGUGGAACAAGAAGAGCCAGGGCACGCGGUUCGAGGCCACGUCCAGGGCACUGCUGGCCCAGCUCCAUGCCCGCUACUGCCCCACGACACACAAGGCUAUGAAGAUGUACUUGUGAGAGGCCUGCGAGGCCACCUUCCCGACCCGCUCCUGAUGGAGGGGGCACUUGGCCACCCUUCCUGGGGAGGCAAGAUUGGGGCCCAGGAGAGGGAGGCCUGAGCUGCCACUGGGCUUAGGCUGGCUGUUGAGGAGCUGAGGGAGCAGGUCCAGUGGGAGGCUGUGGACACCCCCAGGACAGUGUCCUGUCUUGAGGCAGGGCUGACCCGUGGUGCCAGAGCCUGUGGAGUGGGCUCAGUGAGCGCCCCAGGCCUUCUAGACAACAGGCAGGAAGGAUGAACCUCAGGGCACCCCUCGGGUGGCACAGGAAGCCAGACAGUUGGGGCAGAGGUGCCCACAAGGGCAGAGGCCGGUGCUAAGGGGAUGGGGAAGGAAGGACGAGGUUCCCAGAGAGGAGAGGAGGCUGUUGGUAGGAAAGCGGCAGCGAUGGGGGAGACCCAGCCCUAAGGACCAGGUGUGGAGUAGCUUUUCUCUUUUCUGGUUUUGGUUCCUCUUUCAGAGGGGCCAGCAGGGACUGAGUGGGCAGAGGCCUGGCAGUGCCAGCCUGGGGAGCCCCUUAGGGGCAGCCCCUCCUGCCCACCCCAUCCUUCCUCCUCUCCAGAGAUGCCAGGGGGGCGCGUAUGCUCUGCCCCUUCCCUCUGACGGGGGCUGGGUGGGGAGGCUCUUUAGGCUCAGGAGAAGCAUUUUAAAGAAACCCCCUCCCCCUUAUAAACAGGAGAAUAAUCAAUAGAAUAAAAGUGACCCACUGUCA